AUGAGCAGCAGCAGCACGCAGGUGCAUCACGAUCCCAGCUACAUGAAAGAGGUAUGGGCUCUUUUUGGCGUCGGCGUGGCUGUCCUUAUGGCUCGAUUUGCCGUCCGUAUCCGUACUGUGGGAAUCCGCCAAUUUGCAGGAGACGACUACAUGUCGCUCGUGGUGCUGGCUUGUUACGUUGCCGACGCUGUCACUGUUACCAUUACCUAUCACAAGGGAAGCAACCUCGACUUCUCCGAGGACGAUGUGAACAGACUCACACGCUCGCAAAUCAAGAAUGUCGAGCUGGGAUCCAAGAUGCAGCUGCUCGCGUGGUACACCUAUGUCACGCUGAUCUGGGCCCUCAAAGGGUGCAUGCUGUUCUUCUUCAGCAGAUUGUCAUUCGGUCUCACUCGGGAGAAGUUUGUGAAAGCACUCGUGCUGUGUUGCGUGGCCACGUAUCUGGCCAUGUUCUUUACCAUCACUUUCAGCUGCUAUCCAAUUCGAAUGCAUUGGCAAGUCACGCCCAAGCCGCCUCUGCGCUGUACGCUCCGCAUCCAGAACUUCUACGUGUGCACCAUACUCAAUGUCAUCACUGAUGCCGCGCUCUUGGCUGUGCCAAUUCCUAUGCUCUGGAAGCUACGCGUGCCGUUGCGCAAGAAGAUCACUCUGGCGUGCUUGUUAUCUUCUGGCAUCUUUAUCAUCACAGCCGCCAUUGUUCGGAUCGUCAUGUCGCUUCAAGGCAACCCGAACGCGCUCACGAUCAACCGAUGGGGAGUGCGAGAAACUAUAGCUGGGAUUAUUGCGGUGAAUGCGCCGAUGCUGGCACCGCUUGCGACGAGGUCCUUUUAU